AGAUUAUAAAUCCUGGGAUGAGUAGUGAGGAAAUAGUUUCUGAUUUCCAGCCUCAAAUGCCACAUGACCCUGAUGUUACAGUCAGAUUUGCAAUUCCAAAUGAAAAAGAAACCAGAGAGGCUGCUCGAGCUGAGAAGCAGUUGGAUGUCCCAACAUAUAGAACAAUACCUUUCAAGGGUGAUGGUACACAGGUGCAAAGUCCAGCAAACCUUCCUUUUAAACCACCUGGUUUGCAAUGGAAUGGGAAUGAAGCAAUCACCUCUAGACAGUUGUUACAAAAGAUGCAGAUCAGGAGGCCGGGUUCCAUUGCAAAGUGAACAUAUUGAAGACUCAUAUGUUUAAUUAGAACACUUUGGGGCAGUUUGUAUGUAUAACUUAAGCUGUCAUUUUUUGUAUAUGCUCA